CAACAUAGUAUGUAUUCUCUAUGCCUUGCUUUGUUCUGGCCUACUGGUCAGGAGAGGUGAUGAUGCUGGUAUCUGAACUGCCUCCUAGAGGCUGCAUAAGCACUCCUUUAACAAUGGUAGUAUUGUAAGCCUGUUGGCCUAAUAUGGAGUUGUACUGCCGGACCACCUGGCUGGCUUGUUGUGAAUGAUGAUGUAUUGAGACGUAUCAAUUGUUGUAUAAAAGCUUUGGACGGACACCAUCUUAGGUCCAUCUUGUCUUUGGGAGCUAUCCCCUAGAUGGCCACUUUGUUAUUCUGCAGAAUUCAAUCAAGUUUUUUUUAACUAUAAAGUUUUCUCCUCCUUGGUAUGUACAAAACUGGCUAUCAUCUACCAAGUAGAUAGUCACCCUCAAGAAGCUACUAAGGGGGGUGGGAGUUGAUUUGUUGAUUUGCUCCACUUCCUUGCGGUGACUAUGUGCUGCUAUUAUUGCGGAACUCUGACUGAUGGGUACUGUGGGGGAGAUCAGAAGAUGCCUACAUCCUGUGCCAAUCAUCUUACUGUCCUACCCAAGGCAUCUACCUCUAACCUGCAGGAGGCAGGUGCCUUGGAGACGAGAGGCAGGAGUCCACCUGCAAGCAAGCACAAGGAACAGCCCUUGUCCAGGGAAGAUGAGCAGCGACAGGUUCCCCGUGGAAGUGAAAGCUGUGGGCUUGCUGAAGCAUGGGAAGGAGAAGAUCUACAUGCUGUCGGUGUCCUGGUCAGAUCAAAACAAUGUUCUCAUCUACAGGACCUUGAAAGAGUUUAAGAAACUCCACAAAGAGUUGAAGAGAAAAUUCCCCAUUGAGAGUGGUCUCCUGAAGAGGUCUGACCGGACCAUCCCAAAGUUACGAGAUCCUAAAUGGGUGCUGCGGAAGAACCAGGAUCUGAACAGGUCUAUGAAGAGGCUGCAGUUGCUGGAGACCUAUUGCUGGGAACUGCUGAAGGCAGAGGCCAAGAUCUCCCAGGGAGAAGAUGUGAUUCACUUCUUUGAAGCACAGAGCCAAGAUCUGGACCCCUCUUUCCCAGAAAACAGCGUCAUCAUUUUGCCUUCUGCGGCAGGAGAGAGGAAGAAAGAGGCAGCCGGGCCUCCCAGCCCCACCAUCACGCAGCCCCUCAUCUCACAGAGCUACAGGUGCAUGGAGGCCUUCGAGACCAAAGACACCCAGAACAGGCCCUUCCGAGCCGCCAAGGAGGAGAUGCUGGAGGUGCUGAUGAAAGACACGACCGGGUGGUGGUUGGUAGAAAACGACGGGAAGCAAAUUGCCUGGUUCCCAGCCCCGUACCUGGAGAUCGAAGCAGCAGCUGCCUGUGGGGGCAGCAACGACGAAGGGCUGCUGUACUGCACCACACGAGCCUACGAGGCUAAGAAGCCAGAUGAGCUCUCCGUGAAUGUUGGGGCCGUGGUGGAAGUGCUGGAGAAGUCGGACGACGGCUGGUGGCUCGUCUGGUACAACAGGAAUGCUGGCUACGUCCCCUCCAUGUUCCUCCAGCCAUACAGGAACCCACACAGCAGAUUCCUGGCUCUUGCGAAGGACCACCUCUUUCUCUCCACCCCUAACCUGUCUGAAGCCCCCAGCCCUGCAAGCCAGGGAGGCCACGAAAGGGAUGCGCUGCAAGCGUGUCCACCAAACGAUACGUGGGAAAGGCAGGACACGCCACCGAGCCGAAUCAGAUCCCAGUCUCUGGCGGGGGAUCUGGCCGCAGCCAGUUCUGGUCUGGCAAUCGGGGCCGAGAGAUCAUCCGACCACUCAGGUAACAGCAGCAAACAGGGGUCUUCCUGGCCCCAGAAGCUCAAGGUCAAGAGAAUGGGGCACACGCUUCUCACAGAGAGCUUCCAACACAACUUGGGAAGUCAAGUCAGCCUCUCAUCCUCCCUGGAGAGCAAGAAGCGGAGUGACUCCGGCUUCGAAUCGUCUUUGGACUGCUUGGAGAACCUGCCUUGCUCCUCAGAUUUGGAGCCUGCCCUGGGUGGCCCCAGGGUGCCCCCACGACCCUUGCCCCACGAGAUCCUCCAGAGGUGCACCACCAUCACCAAGAGGGCUAUGCAAGGGGCGCUGCCCAGGUCUGACCUCCCAGCUUGCACUCGUGGCUCUCCUUAAAAGGGGAUCACAGAACAAGUGGGGUGCAGAAAAGGUGGCUUCCAUCUCCUUGGCUUCGCAAACCAGGGGUGGAGAAAAAUACGCACGAGAAAGCCAACAAAAUACUGCCACUUGUGCACGUUUAGAACUCAAGAGGCGGAAGAAAGGCUAGUGCAAGCAGACGGGCACAUUUCUCUAGGUAGGGAAGGGUCAGCCUGAAGUGCCUAGACGGGAGAGAUUCUCCUUGCAGGCAUCUUUGGACUGAGAGACACUCUUCAGAGAGAAUCAUUCUGCUCUUUACAUAGAAACACCUUGAUAUCAAAAGCAUCAUCUAUGUGAUUCUUCAGGUGACCGGUGGGGAUGGGUUUCUCAUACUCGGGAGCUGAUAGACAAGACUGGAGGAAGAAUUUUCCUCCACAGCAGGGGCAGGCCACCUUGCCUCUCCAGACGUUGUUGAACUACAACUCCCGUGUGCAAGGCAGGGCAGCAUGGGCUGCCAGAGAGAAUCCUGUCUCAUUAUUGGAGGGCUGGCACAGGGGACUCCUUGCUCUCCUUCUGCCUAGCAUGUCACCCUUGUUCGAAAAACCUGAUACCCAAAUAUCUGCAUCCUGCAGCACGGCUAUUUCUUGAUGUCAUCUUUGUAGGCCGUUUCAUUGCACAUAAAAGAAAAAUCCAACAAAAUACCAUCAAAGGCAAACGUUUUGACAUAAAAAUGCCAUUAUCAAGGCUUCUUAUAUAGCAAAAGCUGAAACCCUCACAGCCACCUGAAGCUGAUAAAAAGACACAGGGGAGAUGAGAGGAGAAACCUUCCCGAGCUCAGCACUAAUAAGGAGGGCCACCAUUUUUUGAUGGCCUAAGUGGAACAGAAAUAGGUGUUUAACAAUAACUAAUUAGUGGGUGGUGAGUUUAUUUAGUCCAUGUUAGCUGGCUGAACCCACACGGAACAUCCUGGCUAUCUGUCCAGAAUCCAUGGGAUGGAGGAAGUGAUGCCCAUGGCCCCCACUCCUUCCCCAAGUAACAACUGAAUCUCUCUGCUUGGCUUGCAAAUUCCCUAGAAGGGAACUGCCUCAUAUGUUUGAGUCAGCCAAAGGCCUGCACAGAGUUGUCUUGGGUCGGACACUUCGCUCUAACUCUGUUUUUCUUCUGCAAUGUGGAAAUACAUUAAAUUGUAAUAAAGGGCCUCCAUCACCCUGAAGGAGGCUCAUUUUCUAAUAUCAGUGCAGUAUGUCAAUGCUGUUCUUGCCGUAUAUGUAUGUGAAUCAAAUGAGUUAAUAUAUUUAAAUGUAUCGUGUUCACGGAAGGCACUUUGGCUAAGAGAUGUGCCUUUAAAUAAACUUUUCAUUCAGACUCGGUAGCAGAA